CCAGCCGAUGCCCACAUGCUUGCACAAAGCCUUCAGUCCAAAAGCUUUCAACAAAGAGAGCACCUAACAGUGCAAAACAGGGAUGUCUCUCUGACUCUACGUCUCUGAUACAAAACAGACUGCUCUCUCUCAAAGGUUCAACAAUGGCUGAUGAUGAUAAUGCCCCCAUGCCAAUGGCUCCAAAGGUCGAACACACCAAGGGAAAGCCCAAGUCCAAGAUCUCAUCCUCCCGCAAGGUGUCACUGAAGAUCCUCCUAUUGUCACGUGCAUUAGAGGAGCUGGAGGCAGAGAAACAAGCCAGAGAGGAGGAGAAGGUUCGCUACCUGGGGGAGCAGCUCCCGCCCCUGCAGGUGUCUGGCCUGUCCUUGGAGGAGCUGCAGAAACUGUGUAAGCAGCUCCAUACCAGGGUUGACCAAGUGGAUGAGGAGCGCUAUGACUGUGAGGCCAAAGUCUACAAGAACGGCAAAGACAUCCACGAGUUGAAGCUGAAGGUGAUGGACAUGGGGGGUAAGUUUAAGAAGCCAGCUCUGAGGAAGGUCAGAGUAUCAGCAGAAGAGAUGAUGAGAGCACUGCUGGGCACCAAACACAAAGAACACAUGGACCUCCGAUCCAACCUCAAGUCUGUUAAGAAAGAGGACAUCAAACAGGAGAAGGAGGGCAACCUGGAAGUGGGAGACUGGAGGAAGAACGUGGAGGCCAUGUCUGGCAUGGAGGGCAGGAAGAAGAUGUUCGAUGCUGGUGGUGGCCAAUAAGGUGGUUCCUCACCACAUGGGGGUGGGGACACAGACUUCCAUGACACUGAGGGGUAAAAACAAUGUUGGAGAGAGAAGAGAGGAGAGAGAGUGGAGAUAGUGAGAGGGACUGGGAAAACCUGUGUCCAUGACUGAACUAAAGGUGCGCAACUCAGGUCCUAAACCAGGGCUUUAAGACACCACACUUCUGAGUCUCUGUGUCAAAGGUAUUACUGCUGUAGAGCUCAUGUUGCCUGCUGCAGGUUAUACCGUAGCUACAAAAGUGUCUAUCAAAUCACUACUGUAUUUAGUCUAACCAAUGUUCUCUCAAGUUGUAUCUUUAAAAAAAAAUCAAGUUAAGUAAGGAAUGUGAAUAUACAAAACUGCCCAAUGUUAUUUGUAAAAAGUCAGAAACUUGUAAAUAGUAAUUGUGUUGACUUAGCCUACACAUACGGACUUGUCUGUAGUAACAUAGCCAAAUAAAAUGACAUAAACACAAAAACAUAUUAAAAAUCACUGUAAUUCAAAAACCAAA